GUUGAUAUCUGGGGUAUUUUCCGGGGUUAAAUCGAGCUACCUACGUUCAAUCAUGCUGCUUCGUGGGCAUAAUAAUCUACAUCGAUCAUCGCAGCUAAGUUAGCGUCAAAUAAACUCCGUACCAAACGGAAAAGCCAUCUCCCAUCCGUAGCAUCAACGGAUGAUAACCCUCCGAUAACCGGUGCGGGGAGAAGCAACGGAGCAUCAAAACCCAUGGCGGGGUUCCGGAUAUACCCUCUUCCCGGGCUAUAUGAACCGACUUUUCCUCUCAUCAAACGCCAUCACCACCCAUACUAUUCCAUCCCAUCAGUACGAGCACAUCUACAUCUACACCACACCAUGGCUCCCAAACUCGCCAUCCUCGAUGACUACCAAAACAUCUCCCCCCGACACUUCGCCCACCUCACCUCCCGCGUCGACAUCAGCUACUUCCCCGAGACCUUGAACCCGCGCGAUACCGCCCAACAGAAACAGCUCAUUCAACGCCUCCACCCAUUCGAAAUCAUCGUCGCCCAGCGCGAACGCACCCCUUUCUCUAGAGAAACCCUCUCUGCCCUCCCCAACCUCAAACUCCUCCUCACCACCGGCACGCGCAACCUCGCCCUCGACACCGCCUACUGCUCCGAACGAGGCAUCCCCGUCGCCGGCACGCAGCGACGACCCCCAGGCAUCAACUCCACCGUGCAACACACCUGGGCAUUGAUCCUGGGCGUCGCACGCCAUAUCGCGCGGGACGACGCAGCCAUCAAACGCGGCCAAUGGCAGGGAUCACUCGGGAUAACACUCGCGGGCAAAACCCUCGGAUUACUCGGAGUGGGCAAAUUAGGUGCCCAGGUGGGACGGAUCGCGGUACAGGCAUUCGGGAUGAGCGUGAUAGCGUGGUCGACGAACCUGACGCAGGAGAAAGCGGACGAGCAGGCGGCGGCGAUGGGAUUACCGGGGGGGAGCUUCAAGGCCGUGCAGGAGAAGUUGGAGUUCUUUCGACAGGCGGACGUCAUUAGUUUGCAUAAUGUAUUGUCGGAGCGGAGUCGGGGGAUAGUGGGGCGGGAGGAGUUGCAGGCGAUGAAGAAGACGGCGUUGUUGGUGAACACGUCACGGGGGCCGUUGGUAGAUGAGACGGCGUUGUUGGAGACGCUGAAUGCGGGCGGGAUUGCUGGAGCGGCGUUGGAUGUGUUUGAGGCGGAGCCGUUGCCGGUGGAGAGUGUGUGGAGGACGACGGCGUGGGGGAAGGAUGGUCGGAGUGAGGUGCUUUUGACGCCGCAUAUGGGGUAUGGUGAUGAGCAGAUUCAUGGGUGGUAUGAGGAGGUGGCGCAGAAUUUGGAACGGUGGCUGAAUGGGCAGGAAUUGACGGUGCGGUUGAAUUGAUUGAUUAUUGAAACCUAUAGUACUUAUAGUUCUUGGACAUAUGUC